GAGACGUUAGUGCGUCUUUAUCUCGGGCGCGAGGCGCUACGGAAGGAAGGUCCCUGAAACCGCUAACAAGUAGGCGCAUGUAAAAUUCAUGGCUCCGGAGUUGUGCGGGUGCCCCGGGUAAACGAAGUCGAUUGACGCGCGCGCUCAACGCGCCGCGUGUGAUUUCCAGCUUCAUUUUGGCAGCGCGAUGCGAGGGGGAGACAGACACGGAGCCGCGAAGCCGGACCCGCUGCCAGAGAUGUCGACGGCGAGGGAUCCCUGAAAGCCGCCGCUGCUCGGCAAAUAUGGACAGAUAUCUCGGCUUGUGCGCGAGCCCGGGCCGCUUUUCUGUGGGGUUUUUGCACAUCGCUACGGUGUAGUGGACCAGGAUGCCGUGUGGGCGACGCUGCCACAAGGGAUGCAUUGUGAUCUCGCAGAGAUGCUUGAGCAGCCGUUGCAUAAACUGACAUAAGAAAACCCGCCUCACGAGGGAUCGGAGUCCAAAGGGACACGACUAAUAGGACAUUACCACCUGUUACUAGGAAAUCAGAUCCUGUGAAAUUGCCGGCUUGUGUUGGGAUGCGACGCUGUAAACUUGAGGAAGCAGCGUUUUCUAUCAUCAGUCGUCCAAUUAAAACGCUGCACUAUACGCUCCGGCUUGCGGGACAAGUGAAUAUACACUCCCACCUGCAGACGGGCUUCCGCAUCAGGAUGACUCCUUAGACCGCGUCCUCCUCCCGUCUCUGCCUCGCGGCCGCCGAUCGGGGGCCGAGCGUCCUCCGGGAGUCAUCGUCGGGCGCCUCCGAGCAGCGGGGGGGCGACUGACGGCCAUGCUUUGGGGCGACCCUCUGCUGCGGCUCCGAGCAGGGAUCGACUCGCUGCUCCAUGGCUAGAUGUGACCGUGCAAAGAGCUGGGGGCCUUUCUACUGAGCGUCCUCCACUGCGUAGUAGCACAUGGAUUUCAAGACUUCAAAUGAAGAGACAAAGACUGGGAUUUAUUUGAUGCAAGAAGGUAAUGAAGAGCCGUUUAAUAUUCGACUGCACUUGGCCAAAGAUAUUCUGACCAUUCAAGAACAAGACGUCAUCUGUGUGUCAGGAGAGCCGUUUUAUUCCAGUGAGAGGACUGUAACGAUCAGGAGGCAGACGAUCGGGGGCUUUGGCCUGAGCAUCAAGGGAGGAGCGGAGCAUAAAAUCCCCGUUGUGAUAUCAAAAAUAUCAAAAGAACAAAAAGCUGAACUCUCCGGGCUGCUUUUCAUCGGAGACGGGAUCCUUCAGAUAAAUGGAAUAAACGUUAGAAGCUAUCGCCAUGAGGAAGUGGUUCAGGUUUUGAGAAACGCUGGUGAAGAAGUGACUCUUACUGUCUCCUUCCUGAAGAAGACUCCAGCCUUCCUGAAGCUGCCCCUGUGUGAGGACUGCACAUGCAUUCCCAGCGACCAGAGCAGCGGGACCUCCUCUCCUCUGUGUGACAGCGGCCUGCACUUGAACUACCACCCCAACAACACGGACACGCUGUCCUGCUCGUCCUGGCCCACGUCCCCUGGGCUCCGCUGGGAGAAGCGAUGGGUGGACCUGCGCCUUAUUCCGCUGCUGCACUCGCGGCUGUCGCAGUACAUGCCGGGCUCUGAUGCCUGCAGGAAAAACGCUUUCCAGGUUAUAGCUGUGGACGGCGUCUGCAGCGGAGUCAUUCAGUUCCCCGCCGCUGAAGAUUGCUUGGAGUGGCUUCAGGCAAUAGCGACCAACAUUUCCAGUCUCACCAAGCACAAUGUGAAGAAGAUUAAUCGAAACUUUCCAGUUAACCAGCAGAUCAUCUACAUGGGCUGGGUGGACGAGAAGGAGCAGGACUCCGUUCAGGACCGAAUGUAUUCACCAAAGUUCCUCGCUUUGAGGGGUUCCUCACUCUUCAAGUUUUCAGCACCCCCUGUGACGACGUGGGACUGGACCAGAGCAGAGAAAAGCUUUACUGUGUAUGAGAUCAUGUGCAAGAUUCUAAAGGAUAACGACCUUGUGGACAAGAGGAAGCACUGCUUCAGCGUGCAGACGGAGAGCGGCGAGGACAUGUUCUUCAGCGUGGAGCUGGAGUGCGAGCUGCUCAUCUGGGAAAAGGCCUUUCAGAUGGCCACUUUCCUGGAGGUGGAGAGGAUACAGUGCAAAACGUAUGCCUGUAUCAUGGAGAGCCACCUUAUGGGACUCACGGUUGACUUCAGCAUGGGCUUUGUGUGCUUUGAUGCAGCUUCAAAGGCGGUGCUGUGGAGAUACAAGUUCUCGCAGCUGAAGGGAUCGUCGGACGACGGGAAAAGCAAGAUCAAGUUCUUGUUUCAAAAUAUGGAGUCCAAAUCUAUUGAAGCCAAGGAGCUGGAGUUCUCCAACCUGUUCGCGGUGCUCCACUGCAUUCACGCUUUCUUCGCUGCCAAAGUCGCUUGCCUGGACCCCAUGUUCGUGGAGAGCCACGGCACGGCGGCGAACGCCGGGAUCCCGGCCCUCUCCAGCAUCUCGUGCAAUUCGCAGACGCCCCAGCUGAAGUACGCCACUUGACGAGCGCCGCUCGCCCCACAUCCUUCCCAGCGACGCUGCUGGACGGGGGGGUCCUCUGGAAUCACGGCCCCGCGGGGGGCGCCUGUGCACGGACUCCUCUGGGAUGGAUCCACCUAAAAACGCUGACGCACCAGAUUUCUGGGAUUUCUGGAACGAUAGACACAAACCUCUACUUUGAAUAACACACAGAGAAACUCUAUGGACACAAAAUGCAUCAUUUAAAAAUGUUUUUAGUUAAAUGUUUCCUUCUCCUGAGCCUCAGUCGCCCUAACGAUCCACACAUCAAGAGAAAUUAGGAUCUUUUGUCAAGAUAGUCCAUUUUUUUAUUUUUAAUGUAAUUUUACUGAGAAUUUAGAGUCAAAGCGAGACAGAUUUAGCCUUUAAUUCCUGCUCAGUUUUGAAGGGUAUGUGUGGACGCUGGCUGCGGUGACGUAGUGGUAUCAUAACAUUUUAACAUUUCCUGUUUGUGUGCGUGUCUAAAGUGAAAACCUUUACCUCCAUUCAUAAUUCAUACACAAGCAGCCCAUGCUUACAUCAACCUGAUCCUGCAAUGCAGAACUUAGUUACAGCACACGUUGAGAGCGCUGGUGGGAGAAGCGCUCGGUGCUGGAUCGCUUCUGUCUCUGCGUACGUGCGCGUGUGAGUCCAGGCCGCUCCGAGAGGAACCACCACGUCCAUCACCCACGCAGCCGCAAUCCGACAACAACACACUAAACAUGAUUAAAAUUCACCUUCCAUCAUGUUUAUAGCGUCUCUCUAAAACUUGAUUAUGUAAAUAAACAGUGACAUUCAAAUGAACUCAAAGAGUUAUGAAUUACAGUGAGGGAUCACUUGUCGGGAUUACUGCAUUUGUUAAUGUGGUCUGAAUUAGAGGCCAGCAGGUAGACGGCCCCCAGCGUCUCCUCAUCACUCGCUCUGUGGACCAGCGAAGAAGAAACAGCAUCACCCAUGGCGUUUUCUACUACCUUCUGAAUUCCUCUUGUAAAUAAUAAAAGGCAAAUGGGGACGGGCGCCCAGCGAGGACAAUAGUCAAAUGUAGCAGGAUUGGAGAUGCCCAUUUGUACUUCACUCGGCGUUAAAUGGUUUGUAAAUGCAGCAGAGUGACAAAUAAACUGGCGUAUUCCAAAGGAGUUCAGGUCAAUUAGUGCAAUUAAUCACGCUCUUACCUUCCAUUUACAAAGUAGUAUCCAAACACGAGAGUGAGCAAGCUCUAGAGGAUCGGCGCUAAACGGGGUCAGUGCUGUGAGGCUCGUUAAGCUGAUGGGAGGCUGAUGGCGGUGCAGUCUAUGCAAAGAAGGUCUGAGUGACGCUCUGAGUGGCGCUCGCGUGCGCUGGAACGAUCUCGGUUGCAUUUACCCUUAUAACACAAGACAGAGGGAGUGGGGUGGAUUUUAUUUUUUGCAGAUGUUUUAUUAACAAAUAUGCCGUGUAAUAAAUUAAUAAAAGACAACUUUUAUAACAUG